AGCGGCGAGCGUAGCGUCCGGGAUGGCGGGAAUGCCAGUUUUGGGAAACAGCGUGGGAGCUGGCGAGCUCAGGGACACCAGUCGUGAGGCCAGCAACAGGUCUUCAAGCAGCGGCUCCCGGCGCGGAUCGUCACCACGCGGUGGUUUGGACCAGGACAGCUGCGAUGCGACCGUUCACAAGCCAGACUUGACGAGCGCUCUGCCAACCUCGCGCCCAAGACCUAGCAGCUAUGACAAGGAUUACGAUAAAGUUCCUACUAUGGCGAGUCUCAGCGGCACUGUUGUGGUCACACAUACUGCUCCAUCGUACGAAGAACAGCGAGCUAGUCCAGCGUUACUGAGCCGCGGGGCCAGUGGCACUCCUGGAGGCAGAAGCGUCCGCGACGAUGGCUACUGUUCGGCCAGCAGCACGCCGAGGGCAUUUGAUCAUAAAUCUACGAAAGGAUCCGUUGUCACUCUGUCUUGCUAUAAAAAAGAGCCUAAAAUUCAGAUUGAAGAAGAAUGCUUCUACACCGACACCUCUAAGCGGUUAAGGGCGAACAGUAUUAAACCUGAAACAACAGACGGCCGUGAAACUUGGGGGACUGGUGCGGAUUUUCUCUUGUCCAUAAUUGGGUUCGCGGUUGACCUUGCGAACGUGUGGCGGUUUCCUUACUUAUGUUACAGGAAUGGCGGAGGUGCAUUCCUGAUUCCCUACACUCUCAUGUUAGUGUUCGGAGCCGUCCCUCUAUUCUACAUGGAACUCAUUUUGGGUCAAUACAACCGGCAAGGGCCCAUCACGUUAUGGAAGAUUUGUCCUCUAUUCAAAGGUGUCGGAUUCUGCGCAGUCAUGGUGGCUUUCUACGUGUCUUUUUACUACAAUGUUAUCAUAGGAUGGGCGUUCUACUUCCUAAUAUCAUCAGCCCGCUCCGAGCUCCCGUGGGUGCACUGCGACAACUCCUGGAACACGGAGCAGUGUUGGGACGCGGCUCGGCUGAACGCAACCAACCGAACUGAUGUGAAGUACCAAGGACCCUUAUCGCAUUUUACCCCGGCCUCCGAGUUCUUUCACCGUGCUGUCCUGGAAAUGCAGCACUCAGAAGGACUUAACGACUUGGGCUUUCCGAAAUGGCAACUGGCUGUCUGUUUGGGAUUGGUUUAUGUGACGCUUUACCUUUCUCUUUUCAAAGGAGUCAAGAGUUCGGGCAAAGUAGUAUGGAUGACAGCUACAAUGCCAUACGUGGUACUGUCGAUAUUGUUAGCUCGGGGUCUGUUGCUUCCUGGUGCCACUCGAGGCAUAGCGUAUUAUCUGCAACCAGAACUCACCAGACUUAAGGAUACACAGGUGUGGGUAGACGCCGCUGUCCAAAUUUUCUACUCCGUUGGCGCUGGAUUUGGAGUUCACCUUUCCUAUGCCAGCUAUAAUACCUUCCAUAACAACUGCUAUAGAGACUGCUUGGUCACAACUUUGGUGAACUGUUUCACUUCGUUCUUCUCCGGUUUCGUGAUCUUUACUUACCUUGGCUUCAUGUCGUACAAGCAAGGAGUGCCGAUUUCCUCAGUGGCUACAGAAGGACCUGGACUGGUGUUUCAAGUUUAUCCCGAAGCGGUGGCAACUCUACCGGGAGCAAGUCUUUGGGCAAUGCUGUUCUUCUUUAUGCUGAUUAUGCUCGGUUUAGAUUCUGGGAUGGGUGGGUUGGAAUGUGUCAUUACCGGUCUGCUGGACCAGGCGAGGUCCAGUGGAGCUCACUGGUUGCGUCGAGAGCAUUUCACUUUACUAGUCGUCUGUGUAUCCUUCUGCGUCGCUUGCAUCAACGUUACUCCGGGAGGCAUCUACAUGUUUCACCUCUUGGACACCUACGCCGCUGGUAUAUCUCUACUGUGCUCUGCCCUGUUUGAAGCUUUGGCUGUUUCCUGGUUCUAUGGUCUGAAACGUUUCUCGGAUGACGUCGAAGAGAUGCUUGGCUUCCGUCCGGGGAUCUACUGGAGGAUAUGCUGGAAGUUCGUCAGUCCGAUAUUUAUCAUCGGUGUGGUAGUCUUCGGGCUGUUAUAUCAACAGCCACUACAAUACCAGCACUACACGUACCCACCGUGGGCCGUGGUGCUGGGCUGGGGGCUGGCCUGCUCCUCCAUUCUCAUGAUACCCAUCGUCGCCAUCUACAAGAUCGUGUCCACGCCUGGUACUUUUAGACAGCGUAUCGCCUGCUGCAUAUCGCCGGAAUCUGAACAUGAAGCCAUCCGCGGCGGCGCUCCUGUUAGUCGCUUUACUUGGAAACAUUGGCUGUAUGUCUAAGCAUUAUUUUGCUUUUCCUAAGUUUACGGCAACUAAUAGAAAACUAUAAAUAAGGUAAAUAUUCGUGUACUUAGCUGAUAAAAAUAUAAAUAUCUAUUUAAGUUAUAAAACUUUAUAAUUG